AUGACGUACAGCGAAAUUGUGUUAGUCGGCUACCUCGUGAUGUCCGCGAUCCCCUUCUUCCUGAUGGGCGGCCUUAUCCUGCCCGACUCGUUCCCGGGCAUCAAGGUUGAGGAUUGCGGCCACCGCAACCGCGGCCCGUGCGUCGACUCGUUCGAGUUUGGCGUCGGCAAGAUAUACAUGCAGGUGGCCGCCGCGUUUAUGCUGCAGAACGCCGCGCUCAUCUACUUCAAGGGCGAUAAGAAGGGCAUCAUCACGGCACUCGGUUGCCUGAUGGCGGUGAUGGCGAAGCACAUCCUCGUGGACGGGCUGAUCCCGCCGCCGCCGGUGAUGGUGCUAACGACGCUGGUCUUGGCCGCGCAGUUCUUCGCGCCGGGCGAGUGGGGCAAGCGCGCCUUCGUCUUGUACAUGCUCCUUAACGUCGUCGUCUUCACCACCGACCCGGCAACGCCGCUCAAGGACACAUACCCCACGAUCGAGCAGAACGCGAUGGCUCUCUUCGUCGGCGAGCGGUUCAUCGAGGUGAUCGCGCUGCACUGCCUCAUCAACGCACUCCUCGCGGGGAUCCCGGGGAAGCAGCUCGCGCUCGCGCUCUCGAUGACGCUCAUCCUUCCGCUGAUGGGGUACCACGCCUUCGUCCACUCCGUCGGCCCGCCGGGGCCGAUGCUGCUGAUCAACCUCGCGAUCUCCGCGCUUACGUGGAUUGAGUACGGCUGGGCCGACCUGACGAAGAAGGCGGAGGCCGAGAUGAAGACGCCGAUGUACAUCCACGGCGUGAUCGUCUCCACCUCCUUCGUGCCGUACUACAUCGCCGAGGCGAUGGGCAUGCCCUUCCCGCUCGUCGGCCUCAAGGAGCUCGACCCGACGACGCCGGACCCGUCGCCGAUGACGCAGUUCACCUACUUCUUCGUCGCGCUUUUCAUGGCGAUGUACUCCUACACCGAGAUCAAGGGCACGAUGGAGGGAAAGGUAUUUGCCGUGUACCACUACGCGCUCUCGUGCAUCAUCGCGAUGUGGCAGUUCUACCCGACGACGACCCUCCUCGGCCGCCUCUUCUUCUCACUCCCGCACGCCUUCACACUUUGGUCGACGUUCAUCGUCCUCAAGGAGCACGAGAAGGUGCUCUGA